AUGGGUUAUAAUGGCAGCCUGAUUUUCAGAAAUACAAGCGAGAUCGGCUUCUUCCAGGCUGGAGCCUUCGAAAUCAGAAAUGUAUCUCAUUCACAAGUCCUGUGGAGCAACCGCAGCAACAGUGAUGGGCUGAGCUACAGACAUUUUACCACAAGCGUCCAAGUUAUCAUUUUCAUUGGGUCCCUGUUGGGGAACAUUAUUGUACUUUGGUCGACCUGCAGAACAACCGUCCUGAAAUCUGUAACCAACCGCUUCAUGAAGAACCUUGCUUGCUCUGGUAUCUGCGCCAGUUUGGUGUGUGUGCCUUUUGACAUUGUGCUCAGCGCCAGCCCGCAGUGCUGCUGGUGGAUUUACACCCUGCUUUUCUGUAAGACCAUCAAAUUCUUGCACAAGGUCUUCUGCUCUGUCACCAUCCUUAGUUUUGCCGCCAUCGCUUUGGAUAGAUAUUACUCUGUGCUCUACCCUCUUGAGCGGAAGAUAUCAGAUUCCAAGGCCAGAGACUUGCUGAUCUACAUUUGGGCUCAUGCAGUUGUCGCCAGUGUCCCUGUUUUUGCUGUGACUAACGUGACUGACAUCUAUGCCAUGUCCACCUGCUCCCAGUCUUGGGGCUACUCUCUGGGUCACUUGGUAUAUGUCCUGGUGUACAAUGUCACCACUGUAUUAAUACCUUUUGCUGUGGUUUUCCUAUUUAUGCUUCUCAUACGCAGAGCACUAAGUGCAAGUCAGAAAAAAAAGGUGAUCAUAGCAGCUUUGAGGACCCCACAGAACUCCAUAUCGAUCCCCUACGUUUCCCAAAAGGAGGCAGAGCUGCAUGCUAUGCUGCUGUCCAUGGUCCUUGUAUUCAUUCUCUGCAGUGUUCCCUACUUGACAAUGGUUGUUUAUAGCACUGUGCUCAAUGUAUCUCAUAUCUCAGACUUUUUAAUGCUUACUGCCAUUUGGUUGCCUAAAGUUUCACUGGUCACCAAUCCUCUCCUUUUUUUGACUGUCAACAAGUCUGUGCGCAAGUGUGUGUUGGGUACCAUUGUUCAACUCCAUCGUCGGUACAGCCGUAGGAAUGUGAUCACCCUAGGAUCAGUGGCAGAGGUGAAUUUGGAGCCCAGUGUUCGCUCAGGAAGCCAACUUCUGGAGAUGUUCCAUAUUGGACAGCAACAAAUAUUUAAAUCUGUUGAUGAGGAGGAGGAUAAUGAGUUAAAGUUAGAGGCUUCCAAAAGCUAUAAACUGAAGGAAACAAUGGCCAGUACCAGCCAAGAGGUAGAACAAACUUUGGUCCAAAAGUUAAUUCCUCAGAGCACAGAAUCAGCAUCACAAGUAGCCCCGGUGAUGCCUGGUGAAGCCGAACUGCUUAAUGACAAGUACUCCAUGCAAUUUGGAUAUGGGCCCUUUGAGUUGCCCCCACAAUGGUUGUCAGAUAAAAGAAACAGCAAGAAACGUCUUUUGCCUCCUCUUGGAAACACCCCCGAGGAGCUCAUUCAGACCAAACAGCCCAAAUGUAAAGCUGAACGUAAAAUCAGCCGAAACAAUAAAGUUUGUAUUUUUCCGAAAGUGGACUCCUAG